AUGCAUCACACAAAUUCAUUUAUAUCUAUUAUCAAUAGACACGAGACAUCCAUGGAAUCUGGUAUAGUUUUUGAGUCGUCGGAUACCUCUUUACCUGAUAAGUCAGUUUCAUCUGACACAAGCGAUACAUUUGCGAAUGAGAAUGAGAGAUUUAUCCAAGCAGCCGACGUGGGUAUCACUGAUAGUACCUACAUAAAAAAUAUGUCUUCAUCAUCAAGUGCGUCCGUAAGUACGAUCGACCGUCCAUCCAAACGUCGAAAUUUGGCUUUCAAAAGUGAUCAUCAAUCGAGAGUUUUUUCUAAGCAGCGCUUUCGUCACGAUAGAUUAUUUCGUCGUACAUAUUCACUGAAUCGAAAGUAUGUCAUUGCGAUGACAAAUAUACUUUUUCAAAUGGAAAAAGAUAUCUAUAAAUUGAAACGACGUACGCAAUGCAUCGAACAAAUGCUUGCCGAUCACUCUCAAGCAAAACGACCAAUCAUCCGUAUCCCACGAUUGACACCGGAUGAGAUCUCGACGAUAUGUGUGAAGAAGACUAAUAAAAGAGAAAGUACCACUUCCGAAGAUUUGGAAAAUUCAAAUCAUCUACAAACAGUUGCUAUAACUAGUAUCAAUUCACCAAAUGAACAUAAUGAUGGUGCAUCAUGCUCUGUUGCCUCUGGAACUCCACGUGGUUCAACUGAUGGAAUAAUUAACAAAGAAAAAUCAUAUAAUCAAAAACCAAAGUUCUGUACAGCUUGUCAACAUGAAUUCUCGCAUCGAUCGGCUUAUUUACGCCAUAUCAAAAACAUACACAACGGAAUAGUUCCAUCAAUAUCGGAAGAUGCUGUUUUAACUAAAAAUGAUAAUACUUCGGAUCAUUCAACUACGACUGAACAGACCCAAGCUCAUGAUCCGGAAACCGACAGUGAAUUAUCCCAUUUCCUCGUUAAUCAAUGGGACAUUGGAGAAGGUCGAUUACGGCCAAGACUGAACAUAAAACCAAAUAAUGAAGCCAGACAUAAAGCUAAAUGUGAAAUAUGUAAUAAAUUCUUCCAUGCUGGAUACAUCAAGAAACACAAAAUACGCGCUCAUCCUUCACCUCCGUCAUCACCUUUACCGAAGGAUAUUCCUGAUCUAAUUCAAUCGACUGUUGACAAACCUGUAGAUGCAACUUCACCGAUUUCGAAUGAAUCCGCACCAGUUAACACAACGGAUUCUCCAUCGAUGAUUAAUGUUGCAGCAAUGGAUAUCGACGAGAGACAUCUCGACUUUAAUGUACAAUCGAGUAAACAAUUCGUUAUCGCCACAACUUGUCUCCAGCGUUAUCAAUUAGAUCUAGUAGACGAAUUCUUACGAAAGUUUUCUUCCGAAGUUCUUCUAAAAUCGGUCGUCGAUUUUGAAACGACCCAUUUAAUUGUUGAUGACGAGCAACAUCCGUUUCGUUCUUCGCUAUCGAUCAAGUUGGUAGAAGCUGUUGCUAACCAUUGUUAUUGUGUUUCCUAUCAAUGGAUAAUCGAAUGUCUUCAAUACGAUCGACUUGUCGAUGAAGCUCGCUUUGAAAUCGAAGGUGAUACGACUCAUUCGCAAAUAUUUGGUGGCCCAAGACGUUCGCGCUUGAUCGACAAACGCCAUUCGUUAUUUGACAACAUUUGUUUCAUCAUUAAAUGUACAGAAAAUAAUGAUAUUAAAUUAACCAAUGAACGUUUGCAAGGUUUAAUCACGACAUGCGGUGGGAAAAUCAUAACGUGUGUAACUCAAAGUGCACUUGAUCAAUAUGCCGUUGUCGUUCUUUGUGAUAAGCUCUAUGUUUCGGAACGGCGUCAUAAUUAUGAUCAAUGCAGAUCGUUAGGCAUCCAUUUUGUAUCGUCACAUUGGGUACUUGCGUCGAUCCUUGACUACCGACAGAAACAAUUUCAAGAGUUUGCUGAAACACCAUUAUAA